AUGCCGAGGAGCCGGGGCGGCCGCGCUGCGCCGGUCCAGGCCGCGCGCUCGAGCGCCUGGCGGGCCCCGGGGCGGCUGCUGCCACUGCUGCCCGCGCUCUGCUGCCUCGCGGCGGCGGCGGGGGCCGGGAAGCCGGCCGGGGCGGACGCGCCCUUCGCCGGGCAGAACUGGUUAAAAUCCUAUGGCUAUCUGCUUCCCUAUGAGUCGCGGGCGUCUGGGCUGCACUCGGGGAAGGCCUUGCAGUCAGCAGUCUCCACUAUGCAGCAGUUUUACGGGAUCCCAGUCACCGGAGUGUUGGAUCAAACAACAAUCGAGUGGAUGAAGAAGCCCCGAUGCGGUGUCCCUGAUCACCCACACUUGAGCAGGAGGCGGAGAAACAAGCGCUAUGCCCUGACGGGACAGAAGUGGAGGCAGAAACACAUCACCUACAGCAUUCACAACUAUACCCCAAAGGUGGGUGAGCUGGACACACGGAAAGCCAUUCGGCAGGCUUUCGAUGUGUGGCAGAAGGUAACCCCUCUGACUUUUGAAGAGGUGCCAUACCAUGAGAUCAAAAGUGAUCGGAAGGAGGCGGACAUCAUGAUCUUCUUUGCUUCUGGUUUCCAUGGUGACAGCUCCCCAUUUGAUGGGGAAGGGGGAUUUCUCGCCCAUGCCUACUUUCCCGGCCCAGGGAUCGGAGGAGACACUCACUUCGAUUCAGAUGAGCCCUGGACACUAGGAAAUGCCAACCAUGAUGGCAACGACCUCUUCCUGGUGGCUGUGCAUGAACUGGGCCACGCACUGGGACUGGAGCACUCCAAUGACCCCAGUGCCAUCAUGGCACCCUUCUACCAAUACAUGGAGACGCACAACUUCAAGCUACCCCAGGAUGACCUCCAGGGUAUCCAGAAGAUUUACGGACCCCCAGCUGAGCCCCUGGAGCCCACGAGGCCCCUUCCUACACUCCCGGUCCGCAGGAUCCACUCACCGUCUGAGAGAAAACAUGAGCGGCAGCCCAGGCCCCCUCGGCCACCUCUGGGGGACCGACCAUCCACUCCAGGUGCCAAGCCCAACAUCUGUGAUGGCAACUUCAACACGGUGGCCCUCUUCCGGGGCGAGAUGUUUGUGUUUAAGGAUCGCUGGUUCUGGCGCCUGCGUAAUAACCGGGUGCAGGAGGGCUACCCCAUGCAGAUUGAGCAGUUCUGGAAGGGCCUGCCCGCCCGCAUAGAUGCAGCCUACGAAAGGGCUGAUGGAAGAUUUGUCUUCUUCAAAGGUGACAAGUACUGGGUGUUCAAAGAGGUGACAGUGGAACCUGGGUACCCCCACAGCUUGGGAGAGUUGGGCAGCUGCCUGCCCCGUGAAGGAAUCGACACGGCUCUGCGCUGGGAACCUGUGGGAAAAACCUACUUCUUCAAAGGCGAACGGUACUGGCGCUACAGCGAGGAGCGGCGAGCCACAGACCCUGGCUACCCCAAGCCCAUCACCGUGUGGAAGGGCAUCCCACAGGCUCCACAAGGGGCCUUCAUCAGCAAGGAAGGAUAUUACACCUACUUCUACAAAGGCCGGGACUACUGGAAGUUUGACAACCAAAAACUGAGUGUGGAGCCAGGCUACCCACGCAACAUCCUGCGUGACUGGAUGGGCUGCAAGCAGAAGGAAGUGGAGCGGCGUAAGGAGCGGAGGCUGCCCCAGGAUGAUGUGGACAUCAUGGUGACCAUCGAUGAUGUGCCAGGCUCCGUGAAUGCCGUGGCUGUGGUCGUCCCCUGCACCCUGUCCCUCUGCCUCCUGGUGCUGCUCUACACUAUCUUCCAGUUCAAGAACAAGGCGGGUCCUCAGCCCGUCACCUACUAUAAGCGGCCAGUCCAGGAGUGGGUAUGA